AUGGUAAAGGACAAAUUAAAGGAACCUGUUCUUACAGCUUUCACAACUAAUGGUGACUAUGUCGCCAUUUUGUCUGGAAAUGGGACGGCCAAAAUUUGGAAUACAAACAGUGGGGAUUUGUUAGCAGAGUGGAAGCCAUCAGAUGGAGAUGAAGAUAUCCGUUACUCUUGUAUUGCAUGCAGUUUCACUGGGAAAAAGCGUAGAAAAGACCAGGGAACUUGCAUAUUAGCUCUUGGCACAGAUGAUGGAAAAGUUCUCGCUGUUGAUGUUUCCACUGGUGACAAGAAGUGGCCUACUAGUCAUCCAAUUCCCGGUGGGAUUUGCGGUCUUUCAUUUGCUAAAAAAGGACAGCUUCUUUGUGUUGUUGGAUAUGAUGGGAAGGCAUAUGAGAUUAAUUCUGAAACAGGAGAGCUUCUAAAGGAGUUCAGAGUCUCAAAAAAGUCCAUCUCUUCACUGGCUUUUUCACAUGAUGAAAAAUACUUGGCAAUUUUCAGCUCUAGACUACGAGUUAUAAGCCGGGAAACUGGGAAAGAGGUUUUGAAGUGCCCUAGUGAUUUGGAAAAUAUAAACCGUGUAUCUAUAUCCAAUGAUGCAAAAUAUUUAAUUACAUCAGAUUCUGAGGUUAAACAUCUUCAAGUUUGGAGGUGUGACUUAAGUUCAGGAACUGUGAGUACUGGUCCAACACUUUCAGCAAGGCAUGCUCCAUUGGUUCUUGAUUGCCACCUCGGUGGCAAUGAAGAAGAUGAUUUAGUUGUCUCGGCAAUUACUUCAGAAAAAGUUGAAAGUGAAAAGGAAAAUAGCGAAAGUUCAAAGAAAAAGCGCACUCCUAUAAUUGCAUCCAGAUUUCAAUCCACGGGGGAAGAUGGUCAGAUGAAAGCUUUGGUGACUUAUGGCUCUGCAGAUCAUCCAAAAUUUACCGUCUUAAAUAUUAGCGAUUUAGAGGAGAAUGUGGUAUUAAAUGUGGGAGAUGAGCCUGAUUCCAUUCAGAAGUAUGACAGUCCUUCUAAGAAAGCAGCAGUAGAAAAGGAAAGCAAGAAAUCUAAGAAAAGACAAGCAACAUCUGAUCCUGAUCUUCCAACCACAACUGACAAGGUGGAUUUCGAUAUACGUGAGGAUGCCGAAGGAGUCAUUGAUGAUGAUGAUCCGAGUGAGCCAACAAUGGGAGAGAAACUUGCUAGUCUCAAUUUGGUGGAUGAAAACAAAUCCAAUGGUGACAAAGAGCAAGAAUCUUUGGUCUCAUUGAAGCCUCCAAGUGCAGACAGUGUAGAUGUUUUGCUUAAGCAAGCAUUAAAUGCUGAUGAUCGUGCCCUUCUACUGGAUUGCUUGUAUACACAAGAUGAGAAGGUUAUUUUUAAGUCAGUUGCGCAGUUGAACCCAUCCAAUGUUCUCAAACUUCUUAAUUCUCUUAUAACCAUUAUUGAGUCUAGGGGUGCAAUUUUAGCGUGUGCUCUUCCAUGGCUGAAGUGUCUACUUCUACAGCAUGCAAGUGGAAUAAUGUCCCAAGAAUCUUCAUUAAAAGUUUUGAACUCUUUGUUUCAACUGAUUGAGUCUAGAGUCUCCUCUUUUAAUUCUGUCUUCCAACUCUCAAGUUUAUUAGACGUCCUUUAUGCCGGGGUUCUUGACGAGGAGGUAGAUGAAGUUGAAACAGUGCCGAUUAUCUACGUGGACACAGACGACAGUGAAGGUGAAGAAUCCGAGGAUGUCAUGGAAACUGACAAAGAUAGCAAGGAUGGAGGACUAUCUGAUGAAGCAUUUGAUGAACUUGGUGACAUUGAAGGUAGUGCUGAUGGUAUGAUGGAAGAUUAA